AAUACAACCAUCGCUCAAUCGCGAGAUUUUGCGAUAAAAUAAGAACCGGACUCCAUCCUCUUUAUAUGCAUGGUCACCGCUACCGCUCCAUGAUCUUGUGUUCCUGCAUCGAUCGGUGGGCGCUGGCUGCUCUCGGCGCAUCAGCACUGUGAUCCCCCAUCCCCUUCGGUUACCAAGGAGGCAGGGGGCCCUGUCCUGUUCGCGCGUCUCCGGUGCCUGUGCAAGGAGGAGGAAGAUGCAGCAGGAGGCGACGUCUCCGCUCCCGGCGCUGAGCAACGGCUACCAGCCGCUCCCGUCGCUGUACCUGGGGUUCCUGGCCAUAUGGGCGGCCUCUGGUUUCUCCUGGGCCUUCAGCACAUGGAGGAACCGCCAUUACCAGGCGAAUAACCUACAAUGGAUCCUGUCCCUGGUCCCGCUGAUCAAAGCGCUCCAAAUGGCACUCUCGUUCCUAUUCUGGUACUCGUGCGUGCACCUUCAGACAUGCUCGCUGUGGAUGUCGUUCGGCGCGUACGUGACGGGGAUCCUCUUCCAGACGGCCUCCUUCGUCUCCUUCGUGCUCAUCUCCCACGGCUACUGCAUCAUGUGCGAGCGCCUCUCCAUCCGGGAGAGACGAACCACGGCCGCUCUCGGGUGCCUUCUGUACCUCAGCCUCAUCGGCUACAAGGCUGCAGUUCCUUAUUUCACAGUCAUUCUUCUGAUCAACUAUUUCGCGUCAUUUUACAUCAUAUUCCGGCGUACAUCCCAGAACCUUAUAGUUUUACAGGAGCAGCUCAGUUUCAUAGAAGAGGAAGACAUCCAUUCGUUGCACGGCGCGCUGAACACAAAGUACACAAUGUUCAAGAGAUUUCAGGGAACGAUGCAGGUGGCCGCAGUGGCAUUCAUCAUGGUCUACAUGAGGGCCGACGACACACCAGAUAACUACUGGUUUCGCGUGUUAGUGCGUGAGUGGGUACAGUUCUGCAUCUUCAUGUACAUUGGAUGGAACUUCAGAAUCCCUGAAGCAUCACUUCAUCUGCCUGCCAUACCCCUUAUGAAAUCAGCAUGGGAGAUCACCAUGCCUCCUAUUUACAGUGUGGAGAUGAACGCAGCCGAUUUCAAAGGUCUAGUCUCGGAUCAAUGGCAUGUUGGAGUGAGGAGUGGUUCAGGCUGUUCUGCGCAACCGCUACUGGUGCUGGUUCAGAACCCUGCGCAACGACGGCCUGUCCUUCCGGUAGAGCCUCAAAGUUUCAGUUGGAUAGGGACAGCCAGGUGUAGUUCUGAAACCAGCUUGCUGAAGAUCCCAUCGACCAACUGGCACGUUACAAAGCUGACGCAAAAUAGUUGAGUUGGACGGAGAAAUACUUGAUAGUAUUUCUUGCGAAAGAAUCGACAACAUCCAUGGACGAACUGUCGGAGUUCACAGCUUCAACAAUGAAUGAACCACCUUUUUUUUUUUAAAGGAAUGAAUGAACCACCUUUGGCAUCUUACACUUUUGUUUUCCCCUCGGAAAUACUGAAAAGAUGUACAUAUAUAGAAAUGGAAAAAAUGGUUUAUAAAUUGGAUUGAAAAAACAA